AAACUAACUACAUCCUCACCGCCACCGCCACCGCCACCCGAGAGAGUCGUGUAGUGUCUGGAUAACAAAGACGACACUCGUGGAGGACGAGGACAAUACGCACUUGUAAUUAGAGAGAAAAUCCCUUCCAAAGCAGAGGACAACUUAAUAAGACACAUACAAACAACCUUUCGCCGAUGGCGCAAACCUGUCGCGCCCCAAUAAUAAUCAUGAGGCAUUUUAGUUACAUAAUUCAUAAAGUCAUUUAGUCACAAAUGUAAAUAUGUAAAUACGUACAGUUACAAACAACGCAACAUUACCAAAACUAUCAGUCAUGAAACACUUGUUCCCUUGAAUUUAGUAAACCUGACCUUAAUUCUUCCUGCAACAGUGAUACUUCAAAAAUAGUUUCGAUGAAUCUGCUCAAUUACAUGCUAAACAAUUAAGUGAACUAGAAAAUUUCCACGUGCAAAAAUGUGCCAGUUCUCAACAAUAAAAUAUUUUCAUGUGUUUUUGUUGCUCGUUGUGGUGAAAUCAAUCCCAAUUUUGCCGACCGGUGAAUCUCCUAAUCCUCGUUUGGAUGACGCGAUCUCAAAAUGCGGACACCUUUCUGGGAAGGAUAGGGAAAUAAUUGUGGGCAGAAAAACGGCAAAUGGCAACGUUGAGUAUAAUGCCUACAGUAAAAGUGUGGGCAAUGUUUCAUAUGAAAUCCCGAGUGGGGAUACCUUUGAAGUAAAGUGCUUAUCAAGAUCUCCCGUAACUCUGAAAUUUCAUGGAUUAUUGGCUAAUAGCAUCUUGGACUCGUCAAGCUCUAGAUUUUCGUCACGGAGUGACCCUGAAACCUUCUGUAAUGAAGUCACCGUGGUUUUAGCAUCGCAUAAAAGUGCCACCGGGCUGUACGAAUGUGUCGACAAUUCUGCGGAAGGACUUGCUGCGAAUAGUUUCGAUAAUGCUGAAAAUGUCGCUGUACAAUCAUCCACUUAUAUUUUUACUUCAGGAAAUACGAGUCCUCAUCUCCUGUACGCUGGAAAUAAAUUGAUUACUUUGAAAGUCAACUCUACCCAAGAAGAUAAACUUGUUUUGCUACCCUGCUUGACCACAAACGCUUCUUAUCCAAUGUAUCUCUUUAAGGACGGAGAACAAGUUCUUCCAACCGUUCCAUACAAUCCCAUGGAAGGCUUUAUGAUAUCCAAUUUUUCAUGCAGUGGUGAAUACAUGUGUUCGGAAUAUAGCAAUUUCAACGUGGCAAGUAGAAGAGGAAAUUAUGCAAAAUUUAGUCUGAAUUGUGGCAAAAGUAUGGGAAAUAAGUCAGAAUUGGGGUUUCAAUUGCUCCAAUUAUCCGAGUACAGAUGUCUCGAAGCUACGUCAAUGUCCUCGGUAGCAUGUCGUAAUCCAUUAGAAUGCGAAUUUCUCAAGAGUUGUGGAACUCCGUUUGGUCAGCUAGCAUCCUCUCAAAUCUGCAAAUUUCAUACGGACGAGUGUAAGAACUACACGUCUCAUAACUGCCUCACACUCCCAACUUCGCCAAAUGAUUCGUUCAGAGGACUCAUUUUCUGCUCAAGUGAUGAAGAUGUGAUCACGAAAGGAAUUUUCAGUGAUGUGAAAGGCAACAAGGCAUUAAAUUUGAACCCUGCAACCGGAAUGUCUUCGCCGAAACGCGACUACAAGAAGGCGAUCGACUUUAUCCCCGUCGAGUACCAAACGUGGGAAAAUGUUGGCAAUUUCUCGCUUUAUGAAGAGUCCAGAUUCAAAUGUAAUGCGUCCCGUACACUCGCCGCGGAUGGGAUUGAGUGGCUGGUCGAGCUUAAAAAUGGUCAUAAAAUACCAGCUUUUACGUCGGGCGAGGUUGUUACUCGGACGGGUGACAGUUACGAAAAAUCUGUAGAUAUUCAUUUCAACGAUACCGAUAUUGUCAAAUUGAUAUGCCGAGUGCCAAAAUUGUACUCGAAUGAGUGGUAUGAAAUAUCGAGGAACAUUUCGAUUAGUCCAUAUUCGCCUCUGAAAUUUCUCACUGGGGAAAAUGGGGCAAAACAAGUGUCCCAAGAAAGUCGUGAGGACGACGAACACAAUCUCACUUGCAUCGCUUCUGGGACAAAUUUGUCAAUUUCAUGGAAGAAGAAUGGAUAUGAUGUCGAUGGGACUCAUACAGUUAACUACUCUAGAAAGAGUGAAAACGUUUUAGAGUCAUCUAUCCUGGUCAUCUACGAUGUCACGAGCAGUAAUCGGCCCAGCCACACUACAGACGUGUACACUUGUGUCGCCAAAAGUUCAAUUCUCAACCAAACGAUAACCCAGUCGACUACAAUUGAAUGGGUCAAAUCUAAACUUCCUUAUUGGGUUUUCCUCUCCGUGAUUGGUGGCAUUUUGAUCGUUUGUUUCACAAUGAUGGCAAUAGGAGCGAAAUGUUUGAGAAGAAAGUGGGAAACGAAAGCACUGGCCAAAUUGAAGAAAGAUUUUUACGAAGGAGUAAAAAAUCAAUCGGGAAAGAGGGAAUUUAAUGAGGGUGAAAAACUAGGCGUAAGAAAGCGUGGUGAUCCAAACUAUUAUCUGUCACUGCCGUACAACACGGCAUUUGAAAUUAAGGACUGGCAAAAAAAUCUUGUCAUAGGAAAGCGACUUGGUGGGGGUCAGUUUGGCGAAGUUUUCGAAGGUCUUCUGACCCUCGCGAGUGGUGAAACCAUCGAAGUAGCCGUGAAAGAGUUGAAGGACGACCCCUCGCAAAAAGAGCUUGAAGAUUUUCUCAAAGAGAUCAAAUUGCUGCAACAAUUGGAAGAUGGGCAUGAAAACGUGGUCCGAUUCUUUGGAGCUGUCACGCAUAACAUGCUGCAAACGAAAAAACCGAAAAUUGUAUUUGAGCUGUGCCAUCUUAAAGACAUGGACUCAUUUCUUAGAAGUAUUCCUGAUUAUAAUUUUCAAGACGAAGUUCGACCCGUGAACGCGACUCAUUACACGGCGAUUGGAGUGAUCAGUUCUUCUUCGCCGGGAUCACCGGAAGGAGAUGUUUCCUACUCUGCAGCACAGUGCAAAAUCAACACCACGCAGAUAUUUCAAUGGUGCUACGAAAUUGCGUCGGGACUGGAAUACUUGUCAAGUUUGGGGAUCGUACAUAGAGAUAUCGCUGCAAGAAAUAUUUUGUUGGCGAAAAACUGGACGGCUAAAAUAUCAGAUCUUGGUCUUUCGAAAACGUUGGAACAAGUAGACAAUCACUACCAAAACGAAUCAAAUUAUUACGUCUCCCGGUGCGGUGAAAAAAUUCCGGUCCGAUGGGUCGCACUGGAGACAUUGGAUUCGGGAAAAUUUUCGGAGGACACGGACAUUUGGGCGUUUGGGGUCCUGCUCUGGGAACUCUUCAACCGGUGUAAAUUUCUCCCGUACAAUGACCUCCCGAACAAUGCGUACCUCGUGCAGAAUCUCAUCGAGGAGUUGAAAAGUGGAAGAAAUUUGUGCAGGCCGAGUUAUGCAAAUGAGGAAAUAUAUCAAGUCAUGCUGCGAUGCUGGUUAAGAAACCCUCACGACCGUCCUAGAUUUUCAGAGUUGAAAAAAUUAAUCCGAGAAGCUGAGCAAGCCAUGCAUUCCAAUAAUAGUAAUAAUAAUAAUCGCUCAGGUACAACAUCGCGUUCCUCGUCGUCGUCAUUGUCGGAGAGUGAAAGCGAUUGCUUUUAUUCAGAAGAAGAAGAAGAACAAGGAGAAGAAGAAGAGGUGAUGCCUCCAGACGACCCUCCGCUCACUACUUAUUCUCAGGUGGUAAUUAUUCCUACAACGGAAGAACAUGAAAUCUGAACCCAUGACAAGUGAAGAUAUUGGUGAUUUUUUUCAAAAUAAACAUAGUCACAUUUUACAAUUAUGUAUGUGUAUUUAAAUAGUAAUUGUUGUUAUAAUUUAUUUACAAGUUUAUUAAAAUUAAAUGGCGUACAAUACAAACUUUA